AUGCAACAGGGCGUGUGCACCUUUAAGCCACUGUCCCCUAAGGAGGCUGAAGAGGAACGCCUCAUACUGGCCUCCAUUGCUUGGCCGGAAAUCCCACCUUGGCCCACUCCUAUAUCCAUAGAGACCACCUGUGAUCCAGCUCACAGCUCCUUCACCAUCUUACCAAGGAGAGGAGGAGGACAGUGGCAGAUCGGGGAUCAGCUGAGGGUCAUGAUCGAAAUGUCUGACUUCAAUGGCCGCCCCAAGACUUCUGGAGGAGCCUUCUUACUCGCACGGCUGAAAAACUCCAAGCUUCAAGCAGGCGUGGUUGGAAAAGUGGUGGAUCAUCUCAACGGGAGCUGCUCCGCUGUGUUCUCAUUGGUCUGGGAAGGAGAUGCAGUGGUUGAGGUGACAAUGGUUCAUUCUGCUGAGGCCAUCUCUGUGCUGCAGAGGCUGACUAGGGAGCAGGAGCAUCCUUACAGGACUGCCUGGAAGAGCAUCUUCCGUUCAGGCAACGUUUCUGCAACCACCAUGUGUGGGGUCUGCCUGCAGCCCACCCCCCUGCCGCUGUGCAACUUCACCGACAGUCGUACAGGCGAGCCUUGGUUCUGCUUCAAGCCACAGACACUGAGCUGUGAAACCAGGUUCCGUCAACUGAGUGUGAACUUUAAUCAAAUCCGCUUUCUCAAGCCCAAGGAGGAUCUGCUCUUUCAAAAGUCUGUCAACAUGAAAGUCUACAUUAAGGCUUCAGGACCGGACUCUGUCACCGUGGAGGAGAGGAGAGAUCAAGCAGAGCAUAAGAGCCUCAUCGUGACACCCGGACCCAGCGGCCAUUACUACAAGGGAGUCUGGAAGGCACGAGGGAGCCCCACAGCUCGCCAGUUUGACAACCCUGCCACCAUAAAGUGUCUGAAGGCCAAGAAACUCCACCUUUACGGAGACUCCACCGUCAGGCAGUGGUUUGAAUUCUUAAGCCAGAAGAUACCAGGUAGUCAGGCCAACCUUCACGUGACGGUGAAGGUUGGCCCCCUGAUGCUCGUGGACCAUGCGCACAACAUCCUGAUGACGUGGCGCUGCCACGCCCCCCCGCUCACUACCAGCACGGUGCUGGUCAGACAGCUGCGCUACAUCGCCAACGAACUCCAUGGCUUGAUGGGAGGCGCAGACACUGUUGUGGUCGUUGGCGUCUGGGCACACUUCGGCCCAUUACCAAUAGAGAUGUACAUCCGGAGGCUGCUGAGCAUCCGCAGUGCGGUGCAGCAGCUGCUGGAGCGCGCUCCGAACACCGUGGUCAUCAUGCGGAGCGGAGCCCCCACAGAUAUGACUCUUUAUAUGUCGCAAUCAUACAGCGACUGGUACUCCAUGCAGAUUGAUCGUGUGCUCAGAUCCGUGUUCAAAGGACUGAAUGUUCACUGGGUCGAUGCCUGGGAGAUGGUUCUUGCCCAUGACUUGGGUCACAACAUCCACCCGCUACCUCCCAUUAUUAAGAAUAUGGUGGACGUUCUGUUGACCCACGUGUGCCCCAUAAAGGGUUGA